AUGAAAUACCCCAACUCAAUUGAUCGAUACACAAAUCAUCUUUUGAAUCAUCGAACCAGAUUACAAGAAUACUUAAAACACACCACGGACAAAGACGCUUCGUCAAUUGAAAGAUUGAACUCAUUAAUAUCGGAUAUUUGUUCAACUGAUGACUGCGAGAAGAAAUUGGACGAAAUCGCAGCGAUUCUCAAUACGAUUCCAGAACAACCAUCAAAUUUUCUUGCGGACGGAACAACAAGAUGUCUAUUGAAUGAGAUAGAAUGUCUAAGAGAAGAUGUACUGGAAAUGAUUCAUGUUGCAAAUAUUCCAUCCAGAAUCACUCAUAAAAUUCAGUUUUCCAAUAAUGCUGUUCGUUGGAUACGAGGUCCUAUCAAAGUGAUCUUCAAUGGGACCAUGCACGUAUUUGACACUCUAGCUAAGCAUACUCACAUGAAUAGCUCAGUUGUGCGCGCAGUAGCACACGGUUUAGCCAAGAAAAACCAAUCGACUAUGAUCAAACAAUCAGCGUUCAUCAAAAUCACAUCUGAAUGGACAUACAUCGGUAAAAAUCAUGAUCAAGGAUUCAAUAGCGAAUCAAUCUGGAUGUUGGAUCCUCAAGGUCGACGCAUUCUAGUGAAAACUCAAGAAAAUCCACUAUGUGCUGCUAACGAAUGGCUGGCCUAUGUUCUAGGGAGUGCACUCGAUCUGCCUGUCAAUGAAGUACAAAUUACAGUUUAUCAAAAUAAACUUGUGACAUUACACACAGACGUUAACCAAGGAAAUGAAAGAACGAUGACGUGUAUGGAAUUACCAAAGCAAGUACGCAAACAUCUACUAACACAUCCGAUCUUAGGGCGUAUGGAUCUGUUCGAUCAUAUUAUUCAAAAUUCUGAUCGCAAUUUAAGAAAUCUUUUAAUUACAGUACCAAAUACCGCUGAUAUCAAUGAUCCGAAUGUGGAGAUGAAAAUACAUCUGAUCGAUCAUGCGUCGUGUUUCGGAUUAGGUAAACUUAGUAUUGUUAGUCUUGUCGCUUGUAAAUUUCACACUAAUCAUUUGACAAUCGUUAAAUUCGAUCCAGUUGAACAAGCAAGAAAGCUGAAACUUUAUCUGGAAUCAUUGUCAGUGACGGAUCGUUCUUUAAUAAGUCACACGUUGAAUAAUUUUGCUCAAAUUACCAACGAACAAUUUUCUGACUGGUUGAAUGAAAUCCAAGACCUUCUAUCGGUGAAUCAAUACAAUCGAAUACUUGACGUACUGAUUCGGCAACGAGAUAUCGCUAGUGAGGUUUUCAUUGGUUGA